UCGCCUGCCAGGCGUAGGGACUGCACCCGUUCACGAAUUUCGUGAACCGGGCCUCUAGUAUAAAAUAACAACUACAGACUGCUUCGGAGAUACUAGCACUGUUCUCAUCUGCAAUGAAUUCUCAUUUAAUCCUCUCAUCCCUAGGAGGUCGAUAUUAUAAUCCCAUUUUACCCUCGAGGAAACCAAGGCAGAGACACUCCGUUACGAAGCACAUACAAUAAUGGUGCCUGGAUUCGAACCCUGGCCAUCUGACGCCCACAUUUGUCUUGAACCACUGCAUUAGGCUCUGUGUUUCUAUCCGACCGCUCAGGACUCAGAAGUAAACCACGAUAACAUUUUCAAGAUGGAAAGCCCUUCGGACUCAGCUGUGAUUUUACCUCGCACUCCACAGGGCUGUGCCAGUCUACCAUCUCCCCAUACAAGUAGUUCAAGAAAGCAACCUAUGAGUGCAACACUUAGAGAACGGUUGAGGAAAACUAGAUUUUCAUUCAAUUCCUGUUACAAUGUGGUAAAACGUCUUAAAGUAGAGAAUGAAGAAAACGAUCAGACCUUUCCAGAGAAAGCAUCAUGUUCAACAGAAGAAAAUUGUUUGGAAUUUCAAGAUAAUUUUAAGCACAUAGACAGUGAAUUUGAAGAAAGUUCAUAUUUGAAAAAUACCAUCAAGAAUAUCAAUGCAUGUGAAUCUAAAUCACUUGAUACUGGCUCUUGCAGUGAUCUCCAGAAUGACUUUGAUGAGACUCUUCCCCAAAAAGGAUUAAAUGAAGAAAAGGCAAAAUUGGUGAAACAGAUUCAGGAGAAAGAAGACCUUCUUAGGAGGCUAAAACUAGUCAAAAUGUAUAGAUCAAAGAAUGACCUGUCUCAGUUACAGUUGUUAAUAAAGAAGUGGAGAAGCUGUAGCCAACUGUUGCUUCAUGAGUUGCAGUCAGCUAUGUCUGAGGAGAACAAGAAACUUAGCCUUACUCAGUUGAUAGACUACUAUGGGUUAGAUGAUAAAUUAUUACACUACAACAGAAAUGAAGAAGAAUUUAUAGGUGUUUAAUUACUAAUUUUUUCUCCAGAAUAUCUUUGAGGAUGACAACUUAAAAAAUACUUACACAUUUUAAAGGGAUGAUAUAAACCAUUGGGGCUUAAAAGAAGGUAUCUUGAUGAACAUCAACUUAGGGUACUCUGUUAGAAAAAUAUGUAACUUCUAAAAUGAAAAUUUAGUAUUUUGGAUAAUCUGUCAAAAAAUUUGACAUUUAAAGAUAUGUGAAAAAAAUUUAAAUCAUGUUUUAAAACAUAAUUUGGGCAGUUUUGGAAGUCAGUUAUAAUACAUUGUCUUGUUUAUUAUAAAAAGAUGUUUUAUUUUAAAUGUUAAAAAGUAGUUCAGUCUGGUGAAUGACUAAACCUAAACUGGUCUAAAAUGCCUGCCUGUCUCCUUAGUUUAUGAACUUUGUUUCCAUCAAUUUACCACAUAUUUCCAUCUGUAUGGCCUAUUAGGUAAUUACUAGUAAACUCUUAUGUCCAAAAUUA